ACACAAUGUCAAAUAUAUUGCAAACAAAUGAGACCGUCACAAUUUUUGCCCCAACCUGUCAAAAUUGAUGUAAAAUGGAGGAACUGUUUCAUUCAGUAACGAAAAUGUUAGCACACAACAUCGUGGUACAUGUUUAUUCACUACCAAAUUUUUCGAUCGAAAGUUUUGUCACCUCACUGAUCUGCAUAGUACAUAUAUUAUUGAUUAUGGAAGUUAAUUCUCUUGUUUCCCAUAUAACAGAAAAAUCUAUAGCCAAAUUGAGAAGACAAAGGAUAAUGAAAGACGAUAGUAAGCCAAGUUCACGGAUGUCGCUUCAAAGUGGAGAUACUCAUAUUAAGAUACAACAUCAUCUCCGAAAAUAUUAUGAAAAUCAUUCGCCUUUUAUAACACCGAAGUAUACCUCAAAAAAACUAACGAAAAUACCCGAAAUGCAAAGUUCAGAGUACAAUUGGAUACCCACUAGAGUUGAAGAUGAAAAGUACGAGAAAAUUGAUCAGAUUCUUUCCGUUUCACCAAGUGAUUACAUAAAGAAAGAUAAGGAGAAAAAAAUACAUGAAAACGAACUUAGACAUUGCCUAAAGUCACUCACUACCCUCUUGGAAUGCAGUGUAGCCUCUAGAAUGUCGACAACAAGUUUAGCCAAAAGUAUCAGUAUUAUAAGAGAUCACUUAAAAACUGCAAACUCGAAUGAAAAUAUCACAGAAAAUGAUAAAAAAGCAACGCAAAAUAAUAGAAAAACGACGGAAAGUUUAUUCGAUAUGAUGGAACGUUCGUUAAACCAAAGUGUGAAAGAAGACGGAUUGAUGAAGUCUCAAGAAGAUAGAUCACGUAGAUAUAGCUUAGAAGAGAAGUUCUCGAUAUACAGUUCUCCGAGUGAUACAAGUGCGGAUAUGGAUUUAGAUUCUCAUUCAAAUAUCACCGAAGUCAAGUAGUAAGCAUUUUAUUUUGAUUGUAUUUAUUAAAUGGUUAUGGAUGUAAAUUUAAUAAGUUCAACAACUUCCAGAAAUUAAACAAUUGCACACCACCAAUCCAAGUCGGUCAAUUUAUUUUUGGAUAUUCAUCAUUUGUAUCCCAUAUUUCGAAAUUUCAGAUAUCAAAAUAUAAUGAGGGACCAAAAUACCUGUCUAUAAAUAAAAUUUCUUAAUCGUAUUCAGAAGGUUGGAAUUCAACGAAGUUUACAUUUGUCAAUUAAUAUAUUCCUAUGAUAAAAUCAACUUAAGUAUAGUUUUUGUACAUUAUUCUUUAAAUAGUUUUGUGGUCUACUUAAUAAAUUUUAAUAGAAAAUGUCCUGUGGGUUGAGUGUCCUUGGACACAUGAAAAGACAACCAAAGGAAUUUGAAACAGAUUCUCAAAUUUUGUAGGUUAUGUAGGUACUAAGCAUAAGCAUAGUAUAAGGAUUCCUUAUACUAUGGCAUAAGAGAGGGGGGAUUGGAUUGGUGAACUUGUAUUCAUUGAUUUAGUGUGGAAAACUCCAUACUUUUUUUAUGAACAGUAUUUCAUGAAAUAAAAAAUGUAUAUUAAACAUUUGUGAAAUUCGUUGAAAUAAAAGAAUUAUUUAAUUCAUUCUUCUAGGAAUCCAGGAUUCUGAGAAAAAUUAGAUAAUGCCGCCCUCCAUUAUUUGCCGCCCCUCUAGAGCAGGCCCUGCGGUUACAGGUUUUUCUGAUCAGUGUUGUCCGUAUAAAAAGCUGGAACAUAUUGUUUUUUCUUUUUUGAUAUUGUCUAGUAAAAAACAAUCGGAUUAUGCGAUAGAAAUAUUCUUUUAGAUUCGAAUGCACCCAAGCCCAACACUAGUUAAUUGUUAAUUUGAUAUAAAAAAGAUAAAUAUUAUAUUAUAAAUUAUACAUAGCGUGUUGAACCUUCAUGGUGAGCACAUGUAAUAAUUUCGUUGUUUCUUGAGAAUUUCUUUGAAAAAGUGAUAAUUAUUAAACUCAAAUUUCGUAUACCGCUUCGGAUUUCGAGACAUUCUUUGUAAAAAGGAUGUCUAAUCCAGAAGAGAGAUCGUCACAAAAGAACACGGAAGAAUCCACCGAAGACGAUGAGUCAUUCAAAAAACCAGCAAAUCGUAAACGUAAAAAAAAACACUAAAGAAAGAUGAUAACAAAACUCCUGAGGCAGAAAUCAGCCAGCCACAUCUGGUCCUAGAUAAUUCAAAUGACAUCAUGAUGGAAACUGUUAGAAUAUUACUUCAUCCGAACAGAUUACGAGAGAGACAACCAACCCUACACUUGAUAGUAUUAUUCCAUGUCGUACGGUGGCGCUACGAGUCUGCGCGUGGCGAGGCCAUCGAGAGAGAAAACAAGAAUAGAUCUUCGAUGAUCGAGAGCGAAUGACAGGGACAUAACCUUAGUGUUCAAGUCCUUCCGUUCUGCCUUCCGAACUGUACUUGUUAGAGAUAGAGUUAGACUUACUAGAGUGUCUUGAGAAUAAACGAUUAAUAUCAUCAUCUGUGUAUUAGUGAAUACUCUGUAUCUUAUAUACCUUAAAUAUAUUCCAAUAGAAACAAAUGACUCAACUUUAUCACAACCAUAGACCUAAUAUCAAUGAUAUUAGGUCUAUGAUGACUACCAAUUUCGAAUACUAAAGGUCCACACACACAAGACAACUAUGAAAACCGAUCUCAAAACAACAACAAAGAACUUCUCAACAAGAAUGAAUGAAAUAAACAACACCAAUUAUGAGCAUCUAUUCUAUCUAACAGUAGAUGAAAAAGUAAUAACAGACAGAAUUGAAAUGUCGGACGAAUGGAACAAAAAAUUCCCAAACUCUAAAGACAAAAUAAUUAAAACCAAAAUUGGCUACUUAAUUAAAUCCAAUCAAGAAAAAACGACAAUCACUCAAGCAAUGGAAAAGAUGAUUACAGAGAAAAUAAUAAUGAAAUUCAAGGAAACUAAACCAUAUGUAACAGGAAAAGUGAGAGCUGAACCACUUAAUUAAAUUCGUUCUCAGUGGUGAAAACAGGAGUGGAAAAAUUUAUUAAAGAUGAGGACAUCAGUAAACACUUGACAGAAAUGAACCUGAAACACCGAUUUUGCAAAAGAAUAAUAUCAAGAGAAUUCAGUAGACCUACAACACAUAUUAGGAUAAUUACAGGCGAAGCUUCAACUUCUGAAAAACUUCUGAAUGAUGGAAUGUUUUUCAAAAAUAUACACUACCUUGUAUAUGCUAGUCACCCACCUGAUCACACACCAAGUCCAUGCAGCAAAUGCCAUCAAUUAAACCAUAUCACCGAUAAUUGUCAACAACAAAUGAAGUGUAGCAAAUGCCAAGGUACUCACAAGACUGCUAAUUGCGGAACAAAUCUUCCUCCAAAAUGUAGUGCAUGCGGAUCGGAAGAUCACCUUCCAUGGUCGGCCAAAUGCCACCCCAAGAAACCCAUUGAAGGUAUACCGAAUGUAACCAUCAAACCGCUCAACUAGAAAACAAGAGAAAUAGAAGAUCUCCACAAAAAAAAAAACAACAGAAUACGUACUCCAAUAAGAAAACUGAAUAAACCCAAAAACAUCAAUAGGGAAGAACUUUUGCACAAACUCAAGAAAAGAUUCAUCACAGAAUAUAAAAUAGAAACAAUAUCUGUUUUUUUCAGGCAAUAGACUAUAUAUUCUCAUGUUCGAUAAGGAAGAUCCCAACGAACCGUCACCAAUUGAACUUGUCGACAAUAAUGUUAAUCGGCAAAUUUAAAUCUGAAAUUAAAAUUCUAUACAAUAACAUCAACAGUUAUAUGCCCAAAAAGUACCUGGUCAAUAAUUUUAUAGAAACGAAUGAUAUAAAGUCUACGAUGUUUGUGGAAGCACAAAUAAAAGAAGAACAUAGCACGGGAUACAGGGACUGGGAUACCAUUCAUCGCAUAGGCCACAAAAUAAAUAACACAAGAGGAGGUAGUCUAGUUCAGUGCCACCCCAGCUUGAAAAUGGGUAAGAACAACUGUCCUGUUAUAAACAACAACCUCAAUGAAGCACUACACUUCACUACUCCUUUCAAAGAGGAAAAUCUCCACAUCUUCUUAGUAUAUAUACACCCAAGAGCAAAAAUUGAAGAGACCAUUUUUACAAAAGCAGCACUGUAUAAAUACUCGAUCAUAGUGGGUGAUUUCAAUCCUAAUGAAGCCAAAAAUAAACAAAUUAAAAAAUUUCUACAAAACGAUGCGUUCAAAAAAUUCACCACACCUCCCACAUUCCUAGAAAAUAAUCCGGAUAGCACACGAGACCUAUUAUUCUACCCAACAAAUCUGAGAAAAAACAUAAAAAAUGUUGACCUUGCCGCAGACCUAGGGUCUGACCAUCUGUCGAUGGUAAUCACCUUAGAUAUGCAGUCUCAACCUGACAACAUUAAGGGAAAGAAGAGUCUACAAUUUGAUAAAUGCAAGUUAGAUAGGGUCAACCAAGAUAUGAAACAGUUUAUAGAUUUACAUAAAAACUCUAGAAUAGAUGAAAAUUACAUAUCUUUAUUCAACGAAGAACUGUCUGACUGCAUCGUAAGGUACACCUUUCUAAAAACACACCAUCCUUUUCUGCACGAAUUGCCUCCCUAUAUAAUCAAAAUGAUAAAAAAUAAGAGAAAAAUGUACAGAGCAUACCAACGACGUCAAGAUCCAGCUCUCAAACCUCAAAUUAAUGAAUGCAAUAAGUCAAUACAUCAAAUGAUACAACAGUAUAAAUAACACACCUGGACCAAAACAUGUAAUGAAAUCUACGAAACUAAAGGAAAGAACUUUUACCAACAAAUUAGGAAAUUAUCGAAAUACAAAAUAUUUCACAAAAUUCCGACAAUCGUAGACAAUAACAAAUCAUGCAAGUCAGAUACGGAAAAGACAGUAAUAUUUGCACAUUAUCUCAAGAAAAAUAUCAAUACGAUAAGGAUCCUAAAUUUGAUAAUAAAAUGGAAGAGGAAGUUGAGAGUUGGUACAGAAAUUAUUUCUCCGAAGAGGUGAAUAAAACAACUUUUGAAAUAGAAGAAAAUACAUAUUUUGAAAUCCUGCACAAGUCUAAAAACAGCUCGCCAGGAGCAGAUAACAUUCCUUGGAAGAUCCUGAAGAAAUUUAAUAACCAAUAACCCUCUCACCAGUUCAUGGCAAAUUACUUGAAAAGAUAGUAAAAACUAAAUUAGAAGAACAUACAAAUCAUUCAAUACCUAAACAUCAAUUCGGCUUCCGUAAAAACAAAUCUACUGUACACCCACCAAUGAUAUUCUUCACUAAUAUACAAAACGCACAGUUGAAUAACAAAAAAACAGCAGCAGUAAGCAUCGACAUAAAAAAAGCAUUUGAUAGCGUCUGGAUAAAAGGAUUACUAUACAAACUUUACAGAUCGGAUGUUCCUUCCCAUCUUAUCUAUCUAUUAAAGUCGUAUCUAGAAAACAAAAAACUUAGGAUUAAAAUAAAAGAUGCACUAUCUGACUUCUUCAUCCAUGCAGGGUACACCACAGGGAUCACCAUUAU